GUGUGACGAGCCAUGGCGACCACGAUCCUGCAGCCUCCAGUGCCACUGCCAGUGCUCUCCCGCUGGUAUAUCUACGUCAUCCACGGCAACUUCUGCAAGGUUAUGUUCACGGCGGCGUGGGAGUUCGCCAUGCACUACGACUGGAAGUUCCCGGGCGUGACGAGCGUGUGGACGCUCUUCAUCUACGGCACGUGCAUCUUGGCGGUGGAGCGCAUGUACCUGUACCUGCGCGGGCACUGCCACGUGUUGGUGCGCUGCCUCAUCUACACGCUGUGGACGUACAUGUGGGAGCUGAGCACGGGGCUGCUGCUGCGCCAGUUCCACGCCUGCCCCUGGGACUACUCCGCCUUCCGCUACAACUUCUUGGGCCUGAUCACGGCCGAGUACGCGCUGCCGUGGUUCUGCGCCUCCUUCGUCGUGGAGCGCCUGCUCAUCCGCAACACUCUGCGCAUGCGCUACCAUCAGGGCACCGACGACGGCUGGGGGCGGAGCUACAACAGCGGUUGGUUGUCCAGCAAUAACAGCUUUCUCAAAUGGGAGUGAAAACUCCUGCAGGGGGCGGGCACUACCUGGUGACAUCGACGCAAACCCCGCCCCCCUCUGCAUGAAAACAAGGAAAACAUGAACCCUCUUCAUCAUCGUCAUCUGCCCCUGGGACUACUCCGCUUUCCGCUACAACUUCUUGGGCCUGAUCACGGCCGAGUACGCGCUGCCGUGGUUUUGCGCCUCCUUCGUCGUGGAGCGCCUGCUCAUUCGCAACACUCUGGGCAUGCGCUACCAUCAGGGCACCGACGACGGCUGGGGGCGGAGCUACAACAGCGGUUGGUUGUCCAGCAAUAACAGCUUUCUCAAAUGGGAGUGAAAACUCCUGCAGGGGGCGGGCACUACCUGGUGACAUAGACGCAAACCCCGCCCCCCUCUGCAUGAAAACAAGGAAAACAUGAACCCUCUUCAUCAUCGUCAUCAUCAUGACUUCUGACCCCUCAUGGAAUUACUCUUUCAAUCUGCAAACAUGACUUGGAGAAAAGGGACAAAACAAUCUUCGUUGCAUAUAUUUUUUUUUUAGUAACCUCAAAGCCCAAAACUGUUCUGUCUGUCCA